AUGGCUCUUCAUAGCGUUGUUCCCACAGAACUGCGCCAGUUAAGGGCGUGCCUCCUUUGCGGUCUUGUAAAAACGCAGUCUCAGUUUGAGAUGAGUGGCUGUGAUAACUGUGAAGAUUACAUGAACAUCCAAGGUGACCGAGACGCCGUCCGUCAGUACACCUCCAACAAUUUUGAUGGGCUGAUCGCAAUGAUGAGCCCUGCCGAAAGUUGGGUAGCGCGUUGGACAAUGAUCGACAAGCUUACUCCCGGUGUUUACGCUAUGAGUGUGUAUGGAAAAUUGCCAAAAAGCAAGAUUCAAGACCUGCGUAGCAAGGGCAUAGUGUACCACUCUCGUGACAGGAGUCAGAUGUACGUGCCCGAGUUUAUAGAUUUCGGUUGUCAAAGUUGCACCAUUUUCUUCAUUUAUAUCCCCUCCUCCUGAGUUCCCGUUUUUAUUUUGUUGGCAUAGCUUGAUGACCUAUUUUGCUUUCGAUUGCAAUUUAAGCAGUCAUGACUCCUUAAAUUGAUUCCAUGGGCUCACUACACUAGACACUUAUUUGUGCCUUACUCUCAGUCCGUUUCAGUUUAAACGCCCGCAUCAAAGUGGAGCGGUCUGUUUACACCAUCUAUGCAGUGGAAAGGAGGGUUGCGCAAUGAAGCUUGGGCUUGAGGGGGAAGAUAAGACUCCGCUCAAUUUGGCGUAGUGAUGGGGAGUUAGUCUUCAAAGUUGAGAAGGCAUUCGACUUGCUAACUCUCGGCCAUGACGAAAUUGUCGGCAAUUAAUCAGUUACUCGCAUCGUGGAAGGAUUUGCUCGAUGCAGAGAUUCUGCUGCUAACUUAAUAGUUUUCGAAUGUCACCGAUGCUUCCAGGCCCUCUUCACGGAGGCCCCCAUUCCGGCCUAGCAUUUUUUGCAUCAUCUUUACCCUUAUUCGCUGUUCAACGCAGUGGUUAGGAUGGAUCCGUGUUGCAGACAACCGCAGGGCCCUUUAGCUAAUCCAGUCAUAAUGCCAUCGCUGGAUAAAUCUGAGAAUCCUCCUUCCCACCUUGUGGAUUGGGAUCUCAACAACAGUAAUUUGGUGCCUUGCUCCUCAAUCCCCGCUAGAAAGUGGGGCUGGGCCUCUGUGCUCAGAACUCCGAUUGUUUUGGCCUGCCGUAAUUUUGUUCCUAUGAUAGCACAACCCAUGCUAGUCCUCAUGCACGUAGUUAUCCUCAGCCGUCACUUGCCCAUCAUCACACCUGGUCGUUUCUUCUUCACUAUGCAUUCAGAAAUUAGUCCCUUGCCCUGCCUCCAGAGCAGCAAGUUUCUGACCAGUCUGCUAGGUGGCGCCAUCGAAGCAAUUUAAAAUUUGAAGUGUUUGAGCCGAACUUCAGAACCGGAGAAGUAAACGUGCUUGCCCUCGAUCCUGAGCCUUUACACUGUCGAAAGUCCAACAUUCUCCGCACUAGAGUUGUUUUCAUUUGGGCGACCGUGUGAACAGUAAUGUUACAAGGUCACGAAUGUUGAAAAUCUGGGUUAGAGAUCUCAGCUACUAGUGCAUGUGGCCUAUCAACCACAGCUGUCAACUUAACCAAAUUUCCGUCAUUAGUUGGAGACUCGUCCACGAACAGCCCACCACUUGGACGUGGUCAGCAGUGAGCACCCAUGCUAGUCCAGGCAUAUCCUGCGCUGACCGUGGCAAAAAACUAACUUUGGAUGUUCCAUGCGCACUAGAUUUUGUCAACUACAAGGGCAGAAACAUUGGUCAGUCCAAACGGAGACCGGGGGAAAGACGCAAGUGUCGAAUUUUAUCGAUCAUGGAAAAAAGCCAUUGACCCCGCAACCAUACGCCAAAGAGGCGUCAGAAUUAGUCAUCAUGGGAACCACCUGGUUGGGUUAGUUGCAAUGAGCAACCGAAAGGUAGACAGUUGCGGAUAUUUCACAUAGAGCCUGGCAAGGUCAUUUCCACUAAUUUUGUGCCAGCCCUACACGCCAUCACUGUGUCACCCACUUAUCCCACUCCAACCUAAUAGAUUAUUAAGCAAAAUGCUUGAUGCAUGCAUUCUAUUUUAUGACACUGAACCAAAUUCUUGAAUUUACUAUCUAUAUAAUGUAGAGGGACGGUUUUAACCCACUCAAUAUAGUGCUCCUAGUUGGCCGAUAGAAGUAAGGCUAAUAGCUUAUCUGAAGUUUAUAAGCCCAGAAGACACAAUCAUGAUGAGUCCUUAUUCAAAAUUUUUUAACAUUUCAGGUGA